GACAUCCACAUGCUGCUCGGCCUGAAAAGGCAGGGGGGAGCCGGAGGGGAAGCAGAAAACGCGAGCGAGGCAGCAGCCCGCAGCCCGCCCCCAGCACAUCCUCAGACGCUCAGACACUCGGCCGGGCGCUGGGCGAGGUGGAGGUGAAGGCGGGCGCGAGCGAACUCGGAGAGGGGCUCGCUCACUCCCAGGCGAUCCCAGCCGCCUCCACCGCACCGGCAGCAGCAGCGGCAGCAGCACCAGCGGCUUCCUUCUUCAGAUUCCCCUCUUGAGGCUGGCUAAGCGGGUGUAGCCCUUGGGGGAGGAUCUCGCUAGGGGAACUCGGCGAGGGCAAAAGCCGGGCGGCCGCCUCCUACUCCGGCCGUUCGGUGGUGGGUGCCUCCGCCCUCGCGUGGGUCCCGGGCGCCGGGGACUGUGUGUCAGUUUACGUCUCUGAGAUCACACAGCUGCCCGGGGGCAGUGUGAUGCCCAAGGCAAGUCUUGGCUUUAUUUUUUAUUACAAUUUUUUUUACGCUUGGCUUUCGGGAAAUAUUCGUGAUGUUGUAGGAUAAAGGAAAUGAUACUUUGAGGAACUGGAGAGGACAUAGAUCCGUUUUGUUUUUAAGAGAGGAAACCCGUCCUCUCUUCCCGGUUUGCUCCCUCUUUGCUGAUUUCAAGAGCGACCCUCCUCCUGGUGAGGUGGGGACCCAGCAAGAAUAAAGGUGAAGACGGACCGCCAGAACCCGGGAGGGAAACACCGGCCAUCAGGAACCUCAGCAGAAGACACUGUAAGGAAGACACAAGACCGAGAAAACACAAAGACUUACAAUUAUACAAGAAACCUACAAAUCCAGCUCUGGAGAGAGCCUCUUUCUCCAAAAUGGAUAUGUCUCCUCUCACCUGGAUUUUCUUAGCUCUCUACUUUCCAGGACUCGGAGUGAGAGGCCAAGCAGACUCACCCUGUGGCGGCCGUUUGAAUUCCAAAGAUGCUGGCUACAUCACCUCCCCUGGUUACCCCCAGGACUACCCAUCCCACCAGAACUGCGAGUGGAUUGUUUAUGCCCCGGAACCCAACCAGAAGAUUGUCCUCAACUUCAACCCUCACUUUGAAAUCGAGAAGCAUGAUUGCAAGUAUGACUUCAUUGAGAUUCGAGAUGGAGACAGCGAAUCUGCAGACCUCCUGGGAAAGCACUGUGGGAACAUCGCUCCACCCACCAUCAUCUCCUCGGGCUCCGUUCUCUACAUCAAGUUCACCUCCGACUACGCCCGGCAGGGUGCAGGCUUCUCCCUGCGCUAUGAGAUCUUCAAGACAGGCUCUGAAGAGUGUUCAAAAAACUUCACAAGCCCCAACGGGACCAUCGAAUCCCCCGGGUUCCCCGAGAAGUACCCACACAACUUGGACUGCACCUUUACCAUCCUGGCCAAACCCAAGAUGGAGAUCGUCCUGCAAUUUCUGACCUUUGACCUGGAGUAUGACCCCUUGCAGGUGGGAGAGGGAGACUGCAAAUACGAUUGGCUGGACAUCUGGGACGGCAUUCCACACGUCGGUCCCCUGAUUGGCAAGUACUGUGGGACCAAAACCCCCUCCGAACUCCGUUCGUCGACUGAGAUCCUCUCCCUGACCUUUCACACGGACAUGGCGGUGGCCAAGGACGGCUUCUCUGCACGUUACUACCUGGUCCCCCAAGAACCGCUAGAGAACUUUCAGUGCAAUGUCCCUCUGGGAAUGGAGUCUGGCAGGAUUGCUAAUGAACAGAUCAGUGCCUCCUCUACCUACUCCGACGGGAGGUGGAGACCUCAGCAAAGCCGGCUCCAUGGAGAUGACAAUGGCUGGACACCCAACUUGGAUUCCAACAAGGAAUAUCUCCAGGUGGACCUGCGCUUUCUAACCUUGCUCACGGCCAUUGCAACACAGGGAGCGAUUUCCAGGGAAACUCAGAAUGGCUAUUAUGUCAAAUCCUACAAGCUGGAAGUCAGCACUAAUGGCGAAGACUGGAUGGUGUACCGGCAUGGCAAAAACCACAAGGUGUUCCAAGCCAACAACGACGCGACCGAGGUGGUGCUGAACAAGCUGCACUCGCCGCUGCUGACGAGGUUCGUCCGGGUCCGCCCUCAGACCUGGCAUUCGGGCAUCGCCCUCCGGCUGGAGCUCUUCGGCUGCCGCGUCACAGAUGCCCCCUGCUCCAACAUGCUGGGCAUGCUGUCGGGCCUCAUCACCGACUCCCAGAUCUCUGCCUCCUCCACCCGGGAGUACCUCUGGAGCCCCAGUGCCGCUCGCCUGGUCAGCAGCCGCUCGGGCUGGUUCCCCAGGAUCCCGCAGGUCGAGCCAGGCGAGGAGUGGCUUCAGGUGGACCUGGGAGUGCCCAAGACGGUAAAAGGCGUCAUCAUCCAGGGGGCCCGAGGAGGAGACAGCAUCACCGCCGUGGAAGCCAGGGCAUUUGUGCGCAAAUUCAAAGUCGCUUACAGCCUCAACGGCAAGGACUGGGAAUACAUCCAGGACCCCAAGACCCAGCAGCCGAAGCUGUUUGAAGGGAACAUGCACUACGACACGCCUGACAUCCGAAGGUUCGACCCCGUCCCUGCGCAGUACGUGCGGGUGUACCCCGAGAGGUGGUCGCCAGCAGGAAUCGGGAUGCGGCUGGAGGUGCUCGGCUGUGACUGGACAGACGCAAAGCCCACAGUAGAGACGCUGGGACCCACUGUGAAGAGUGAAGAGACCACCACCCCGUACCCCAUGGAUGAGGAGACCACAGAGUGUGGAGAGAACUGCAGCUUUGAGGACGACAAUGAUUUGCAGCUCCCUUCAGGAUUCAACUGCAAGUUCGAUUUCCCCGAGGAGGCCUGUGGUUGGAUGUACGACCAUGCCAAGUGGCUCAGGAGCACCUGGACCAGCAGCACCAGCCCAAUCGACAGGACGUUUCCAGAUGACAGGAAUUUCUUGCGGCUGCAGAGUGAUGGCCGGAGAGAGGGCCAGUACGCCCGGCUCAUCAGCCCGCCCGUCCACCUGCCACGGAGCCCGGUGUGCAUGGAGUUCCAGUACCAAGCCACAGGCGGCCGCGGGGUGGCGCUGCAGGUGCUGCGGGAAGCGAGCCAGGAGAGCAAGCUCCUCUGGGUCAUCCGCGAGGACCAGGGCAGCGAGUGGAAACACGGGCGGAUCAUCUUGCCCAGCUACGACAUGGAGUAUCAGAUUGUGUUCGAGGGAGUUAUCAGAAAAGGACAUUCAGGAGAAAUUGCCAUUGAUGACAUCCGGAUCAGCACAGAUGUCCCGCUGGAGAACUGCAUGGAACCCAUCUCAGCUUUUGCAGGUGAGAAUUUUAAAGGGGGCACCCUCCUACCAGGGACCGAGCCCACAGUGGACACGGUGCCUGUGCAGCCCAUCCCAGUCUACUGGUAUUACGUAAUGGCCGCCGGAGGCGCCGUGCUGGUGCUGGUCUCCGUCGCGCUGGCCCUGGUGCUCCACUACCACCGGUUCCGCUAUGCGGCCAAGAAGACCGAUCACUCCAUCACCUACAAAACCUCCCACUACACCAACGGGGCCCCUCUGGCGGUGGAGCCCACCCUAACCAUUAAGCUAGAGCAAGACCGCAGCUCGCACUGCUGAGGCCCGAAGCAAGGACAGCGCCCAAAACAAACAAGAAAGACUGCAAACAUGUUGCCUCGAUUUUGCACUUUUUUCUCCUCGCCUAGUCUCUGUGUGAACUCUCAGACAUCUCUCUCUCUCGGGGCCCAGACCCUGUGCACCCUUAUCCAUCCUGACCAUGUUUCUUGAGUUCUUUUCCUUUUUCCUUUUGUUGAUACCAAACCAACCAGCCGACCCCAAGUCUAAUGUUGCAUCUUCGAAUGUGAGAAGAGAUACACCCCUAAGCACUUCACAGCUCAAGGCCCAGCCGGUUUUCUUCCAGAGACUGGUUCCCUGAUCCUUCCCCUUGCCUUACCCCGUAACUCCUCUCGGUGGGCAGUCUGCCAGGAGGCUCAAGGGGAAACCUGGAUCUGUGUGUUUGUACAUAAUAUACAUUUUGCGUGCGUGAGUAGCGCUGUGUGUGUGUGGGUGGGUGUGAGAGACUGGCUCAUUGUUGGGGGAAAUGUGUGGGUGUGUUCCGAGAGGGCCCCCUUUAACUUUUGUGUUACUUCUCCGGGGGUACAUUUUACAAGAAAAUAAUAUACGAUACUAGUUUUGUUUACUUGGAGAAGAGAUUGAAGCUUUUUGUUGCCUUAGCUAGCUCUGGCUGGCUUUCUGUUGGCUACCAUUGUCAUUUCCAGGUACCUAAAAAAAAAAACUAGAGGCCACAUGGACUGAAACGUGGCCCUUCCCAUCCCUAUCCCCACCCCCACCCACCUGACCCAAGAAGAAGGUUCCCGCGAUGCACCCAGACACACUCGGGCGUGACCCCCAUCACGCCUCCUGGCGUCUUUGAAGUAACAAGAUAACAGCCAUUGGGUGUGAGUGGAACCACCCCUACUUCCAGCCCUGAAGCAAAUCUGUCUCAUGUUGCCUUAUAAAAGAGAAGCUCAUAAUGAAUGUUUAGCUUUUAUCAGUUAAGUCCAAUCUUGGAAUAAGUCAUAGAGAAAGAGGGAACUGAGGCUGACGUAGGAAAAGCAGUAGCUUAUAUGUAGAGAGCAAGAGGAGGUAGGGGAGAGGAGGGAGGAGGAGGAAGGACUGAAACGUUCUUUUCAUCUCCUCACCCGAGGGGAUUCAUCAUCCCAACUUUGGACAGAGUUGAGUAAGAAUGUUACAAAGCGUAUUCUUUGGUAUUAUAUCGGUCAUUGUGAUAGCAUUUGUAAAAUACGGGGGGAAAGGGAUCAUUUGCUUUCUUUUCGUGGUGUUGAUGUGUGCCUGAACCUACAGCCACUAAAAUGUAAGGCUGUCCACCUGACUUAAUUGAAUAUGAUGAGAGAAUAAAGAGUAAUUGUUUUUUAAAUGUACCAAUGCGCUACCCCUUAACACAUUCAUAGCAUCUGGCAAAUACACCCUCAUAGGCUGGCCUGGCGUUUCCAGAUGUUGCCGCAUCGGCAAGAGAGAAUAUAAUGAAGAUAAAUCUGUUGCUGCCCGUUUGUCCUCUCUAAGCAACACAGGGAGAGGGAUAUUGGAGAUAAAUGGCCUAAUGAUCCUGUGCAAAGGGUAGAGUCCAUAGUGGAGUUAAUCUCAUUGAUAGAAAAUGUGUACUUUCAUGAGAUUCUCAGAGUACUGGGGUCCCCCUUCAGGCUGUUUGUUUCUCACCUUCCUGCUAGGGAUCCACUGGGGAAGUGUUAAGAUUCUCUCCAAUGGUGGUGGUUGCCUGGGCUGAAAGCCUCCAGGUACCUUCUGAGAACAAAAUACUAAUGACUGGUUUUUUUUUCUGGCUGCUUGGGAGAGACUUUUAGCAUUCUCUCAGAAUAUCCGCAUCAUCCCUCUAGCAUACACACUGACUUUCGCAUCUGGUUUGUCUCAUCCUCCUGAAAGAAUGGUGCUCUCCCACUCUUAAUUCUAUUUCAAAGAGCAGCUCUGUCUCCACCACAGCAGCCCUGCCAAGAAAAGAAAAGAUGAAAGGCUAGAGUAUGAGCCACCUUGACAUUUCAAGAAGAGUCCUUACCCUGGUUGAAGAUGGAAAAGAGAAGUAGGGAGAGGGAGGAGGGGCAGGUGCCCAGGAUACCAUGUGGUGACUUCCAUGCCAGUCACUAAGGGCCUUUUAUCUCACGUGUCCACAUCCAGCCUUGCAUGUGGGGCCAGGCAUUCCCUCGAAAUGAUCGGCAUCCCUGCAGGCACCCAUGGAAGCGUGUGUCAGGAAAUUACACCUGGAAAAUCCAGCCAGUGUAGCAACUGUCUGAAUUACCGCAUACCCUUGAGGAUUUCCCUUCUUUAAAAGAAGAUGACAACAACUUUGUGAAUUUGCUGAAUCUUUAUCUGAUGCCCCAUGUGGCAUCAUCUUUAUGCCAUAGUUGAGAACAUGAGACUGCUCAAAUAAAUCUUUGUGAAUCCCAUGAUGCAUUUCAGCUGGGGAUCGAUCUCUCUCUCUCUCUCUCUCUCACUCUUUCUCUCUCUCUCUCUGCCCCAGCAACUUUCAUAGUGUUAUCCAGGUACUAUGCUAAAAGGGCAGCUCUUCUAUAAAAUCAUGACUUGCAGCUUUAAAAAGCAACAUUCUGCGUUUCAUAGAGGAAGAGAAGGCUCACUCUCUUCCAAGAAAAAUAGACCGGACAGGUGAAUGCAUGCGUGCAUGUGUUUAGAGUUGCUGCUCGGAAGACAAAGAGGUCAUAGCAACUAAUAAAAUAGAAAUGAAUGGCUGAAUGAACUGAAGGUCUAGCUCGGGCUGUUAAAGUUUUUGCCUUAGUAGAGGUCUCAUGUCAACAGGCCCAGGAAGGAAACCCUUAUCUCUGGGUGAAAACCCUUCCUUGACAUUGUGCUGGCAAUUGCUAACCCCUAAUUGCUGACAAAGGCAGAAAGAAAGGGGGGAAGAUCAUAGCAUUGCCAUUAACAAAACAGGAUGCUUAAAAUAAAGUAAAAUUGUCCUUUCCCUUAUCCCACAUUUUUGGUAUUAAAGCCAGAAUAGUAUAGGAGAUACAGUCACGUUCCCGAGGUUGACACCCCAUCUUUCAAAAGACCCUGUCUUGAAAAUGAAGCUAGCAGGCAAGCAAACACCUAAAUAAUCAAAAAUUACCAAAGAACAACCACAACGACAAGAGAAAAAAAAAACAAGAAAACCUAAACAUUGGAACUUCCCAUUCUUAUCCCCUCGUCCUGUAACUGUGACAACUCUUGCAUUGCUCAGUUGCCUGUGUGUCAAAAUAACUUGUGGACAUUGGAAACUAUUUGAAAAUGUAUUGUGUGGAAUGUAAUAAAAUGUCAAUAUUUUUUAUACAAA